GGUUGAGGUGGAGUGUGAGAGAAAGAUGGCGGCGCGCGGAGGGAAACGUGCAGCGGAGCGAGUGGCACAGAACAAGACGAAACGAGCGAAAUUAAACGGGAACAAAACGCCACAAACCGAGAGAAAAGCGAAGACCGUGACGUUUACCCCGGAGAAUGAAGAAGGAGCGAAUAAAAACAUCAUCAGCGUCCCGCCGCCCGUCAGCACGGUACAGCACACACCUACACCCGAAACAGCCACGGACGCGCGUGAACCCGUACACGAGAACUCAGUCCGCGGGAACCCGUCAAAUAUAAACACUGGAAAUCACACGCGAUCAUCACCUGUGUGUGUGUGUGUGUGUGUGUGUGUGUGUGUGUGUGUGUGUGUGUGUGUGUGUGUGUGUGAGUGUGUGAGUGUGUGUUGCUUCAGGACCAGGCACCUGAUGAUGGAUCUGCGGACCAUGAUGCCUCACAGCAAAGCUGACACCAAGAUGGACAGAAAAGACAAGCUGUUUGUGGUGAACGAGGUGUGUGAGAUCAAAAACUGCAAUAAAUGCAUCUUCUUUGAAGCCAAGAAGAAACAGGAUCUUUACAUGUGGAUCUCAAACGUCCCUCACGGACCCUCGGCCAAGUUCCUCGUACAGAACGUUCACACUCUCGCCGAGCUGAAGAUGACCGGAAACUGUCUGAAAGGCUCCAGACCGCUGCUGUCCUUCGACCCGAAAUUUGACCAGGAGCCGCACUACGCGCUGCUGAAGGAGCUCUUCACUCAGAUCUUCUCCACGCCUCGCUAUCAUCCAAAGAGUCAGCCGUUUGUGGACCACGUUCUGACCUUCACCAUCGCUGACCACAGGAUCUGGUUCAGGAACUAUCAGAUCAUCGAAGAAGACGCGUCUCUGGUGGAGAUCGGCCCGCGAUUCGUCUUGAAUCUCAUCAAGAUCUUCCAGGGCAGCUUCGGCGGACCCACGCUGUACGAGAACCCUCACUUCCAGUCUCCUAACAUGCACUUGGUCGUGGUGGGUAAGGCGACGCGUCAGAAGGAGCGUCAGAUGGUGAAGCAGAUCCUGAAGGAGAAGCGCUCGGAGGAGAAGGAGGUGCUGGAGAGGGACGUGACGGACGAGGUGUUCCAGACUCCGGCCGAGCCCAGAGAUCCUGAGGUCCAGCUGCAGCCUCCAGAACCACCGAGAUCCAAGAAGAAGCUGCGCCUCACAGAGCUGAAGAAGAAGACGCAGAUGAAGCGCAAAGGCCUGAGAUGAGGAGGUUUAUGUUUUGAGAAG